AUGAUUGAACCCUGUGGUUUUAAGCUCUUUGACCCCCGGUCGCUCUCCCUGAGAUCACUUCCCGAAGGUGGAAUGCGGGAGGACAUGAGCAAGUUGCUCGUCUGUCAAACAGACGAGGGAGGCGCUAAUCCACCAGCCAACAUCACUUGGCGUCAUCUAAGUCCUCUCGGUGCUGUGGAAAGCCUUGAUGAGGGGAUGUUUACUACCAACGCUCAGCGCAAAUCAAGCAGUGCUGGUGGUAGUGGAAUUGUCACUCAGUCCAAUCUCACCAUCCUCGCACAUCGUCGACUUAAUGGUCAUAGGAUAGAAUGCAGUAUUGAGAAACCCGGACGAAUCGCUAUUCUAAGGCAAAGUGAAACUCUUGAGGUUGUAUGAACAUUCUCACAACAGGCUCCAGUGGAUUGA